GUCGCGCGGUAAGCAUCUCUCUCUCUCGCGUCCCGCGCAACGGCCCUCGGUGGCCAGUUUCUCCUCGGCGGACGUUCGUGCUAUGUCAAGGCGCUCGUGAUGGAUCUCCCGCGCACCCGAAGAAGCGCAACGGACUGGCGCUGCACCUCGUCCACCUGAAGCGAAGCCCCCUGCCCGGUCCUGAUAAGCCCUGGUUUCCCGAUUGGCACGAGAAGGCGCCCCCCCUUCUCCCUGUCUCACCUGUGCCACCUGUGUCAUUACGAUACUCAUGCUCACGGAUCCGUGAUAUCGACCUCUCGUUCCCUAUCAGGAGGUUUCCCCUCUAUACUCGUUCUCUGCCCUCGUGGCCGACACCCGCAUGGCCGAUCUACGCCGCCCCUGUGGCCCCAGUCGCGCCCUCUCUCUCCCGCGCGCCUGAGCCCCCUUCGUCCGUCCCUCUCGCUCCGAGCGCCCCCUGGAUCAACCGCGGAUUGAAUGGCACCUGACCUAGAGAAGAAGAGGGACCCUCGGAGGCCUGGCUACGCCUCUGCGACUUCCAAUACCCACUGCCUACCCCACGCCGCCCCCGCGGGGGGCAUGCUCCUCCUGAGGUGCCACGCCGAUCAGCUGACGGAUCUGUAUCGCCAUGGAAGCACGGCAGGCGGCGCGUCAACCUCGGUGACAGGGACGACGGUCUCUCGAGGCAACGUAGCGAGCGGCAGCAGGCCGCACUCGGCACGCAGGCUCGGCCAGCAACGCCACCACCGGCACCAGCAACACCACCACCACCAGCACCAGCAACACCGCCAGGCCGCCCUGGCGCUCGCCGCGGCCUCCAGGGCCUCGGAUGAACUCGGGCCCAGGUCGAACCAGGACGGCGGCUGCGAGAACUCCAACGACUCGGGCCUCGGCUUCGAGGAGCGUCAGCAACACCUCGGCAGCACCACCGCCGCCUGGAACGCCGGCGGAGAGGAGGACUCGAAGAGGCGGAAGAUGGACAUCAAGUUGGAGUCCGAGGACGCCAACUUCGCGUUCCCCGAGGUGGCUCGUGGCAGCGAGUCGAAGACCGGCUCCAGGAACACGGCCAAUGGGAUCGCGGGGCCCAUCGGCAGAAUCGGAAGCGGAAACGGGGGCAGCUCGGUCGGCAGGGUCGUCGGGGUCACCAGGCCCCGACCGGCCAUGGGCGUCCUCCACAAGAGGCCCCCUACGGCUCACCAGGGCCCCGUCACGCUUACCUCGCAACUCUGCAGCGUCUCUCGGGACGGCAAGACUCAGCUACAGAUAAUUUGUCAACCGGAACAGCAACAUCGAGCCAGAUAUCAAACGGAAGGGUCCAGAGGAGCAGUCAAGGACCGGACAGGAAACGGAUUCCCUAUAGUUCGUCUGGUUGGCUACGAGAAACCGGCGACUCUUCAGGUCUUCAUUGGGACUGACCUAGGUCGCGUUGCACCGCACAUGUUCUAUCAGGCAUGUCGGGUUAGUGGGAAGAAUUCCACCCCCUGUAUAGAGAGGAAGAUCGACGGCACCAUCGUCAUCGAGGUCGACAUGGACCCGUCUAAGGACAUGCUGGUCACCUGCGACUGUGUCGGCAUCCUGAAGGAGAGGAACGUGGACGUCGAGCACAGAUUCCCCCAGGAGGCUGGCAUUCUUCAAGGUCGCAGCAAAAAGAAGUCCACCAGGUGUCGCAUGGUCUUCAGAACCACCCUGACGCACCCCGACAACACCACCGAGACUCUUCAAGUCUGCUCGCAGCCAAUCGUCUGCACGCAACCCCCAGGGAUCCCGGAGAUCUGCAAGAAGUCCCUGACAUCCUGCCCCUGCACCGGUGGGCUGGAGCUCUUCAUCCUGGGGAAGAACUUCCUGAAGGAUACUCGCAUAGUCUUUCAGCUGGACAACGAGGACCUGUCGAGCAGUCUGGAACCGCACUGGGAGUGCGCGGUUCUUCCGGACAAAGAAUUCCUCCAGCAGACGCACCUCGUGUGCGUGGUACCGCCCUACAGAAGACAAGACCUGGCACCUACGGAGUCGGUCGGCGUGAAACUCUACGCCGUCUCCUCGGGGAAGACGAGCGAGCCUCACACCUUCCUCUACACGGCGACUUCCACCCCGCCGGAGCCGUCGGUGGGGAAAGUGGAACCCUCGACGCCACCGUUGUCGACCCCUGCCGGCGACAGCGCCCUCUCGUCCUCGGCGGCUGCUGUCCCCCUGGCGGGUGUAACCAGUACUGCCCUGAUCCCAGCAGCAACGACAGGCACGAGCGGUUUCCGGGGUCUGCAGCAACCCCCUCCUCAGACGUCCCCGGAGUCCCUGAAGAGCGAGCCGAGCCCCCCACCAGCCCCCGCGACCCCCCAGGUGACCCCGGUGAUGAUGUGGACCUCCCAGCCGACGAACUGCCCCGAGUCCUCGGCCGACGUGAUGAUGCCACCGCCCUCCCUGGUGGCGAACCCCCUGAUGAACCGCAGGUCCUCGUCGAACCUCCAGCUGAUCCUGCCCGACAACCUGAAGACCGAGGUGCUGGACGACAGCAGCGAGAGCAGCAUGCUGAGCGACAGCAGCCUCCAGGGCCUCCCCAGCUCGGCCCCCAGCGGACCCUCGGGUACCAGUCCUCUCCAACAGUUGGUCUCCGACACCUCUCGAGAGUCCCAGCCUUUGAUCCGCUCGGUCCCGGUCGCGUCGAACGGCUCCCCGGGCCAGGAGGCCGCGAAUCUGCUGGGGGUGGUCGACCUGAUGAGGAACCAGCACCCCCUGGGCCUGACUCCCCCUCACCAGGGUCCCUUCGCCAGCCUACACGAGCCUGGCCAGGUCAAGGUCCUCAGCCCCCACCACAUCAACAAGGACACCUCGGCCAUCCUUCCCUCCGAGGGCUCCGCCGGUGGCGCUCUUCAGGGUGCGGGGGUCGUCGACCUACGCAUGAAGCACCAUCAGUCGGAGUACUUUCCCCCUGCUGCGACCCCUGCGGGCCAGCCGCUCCCUGCGCAGAGCGGCCACAGCGUGGAGAAGUACCUGAACCACAUAGAGUCCUCGCAGGCCUCGAAGGACGCCGAGGACCAGGAGAGUGCCUUCGUAGGUAUGCAACAGAGAGCUUCCAUUAUUGCCAACGGCCGUCAGCAGGCCCCGACACCCGCCAUACUCGCGCCUACGCCUGCUACAGUGAAACUCGACGCCCUGGUCAAUUCCGCCGCCGACACCCACCAGAUACCCGUUUCGCCGAUGACAGCCGUUAGCGCGACUCCCAACGACAUCAUGGGCCACGUGACCUCGGUGCCCGAGCACGACGGUGGCAUGGCCAGUCCUCAGACCACCAGGACCACCCCGCCCAUUCCCGUUAAGACCAUGCUCCUGAAGGCCUUGCUUCCAGCCCCCGUCCCCGGCAUACCCGGCACUGCCGCAACCGCCGUGGCGAAUGGCCCUGGGGUCGUGCCCGAGCCCUCCGCGGGGGACUCCUUGCUGACCACCAUAAACGCUGCCCUGAUGCCGGCCAUGCAGGACGCGCCCGUCGUGACCGCUUGCGCGGCCAGCACGAGUCCCAGUGUCAGCGUCACUGCACCCACUGGCGUGCAGAUGCAGGUUCCGGCGGAGAGCAUCUCUCGGUCGGAGCACAUGCAGCAGAUCCAGGCUCUGGCACAGCAAGAGGCGGACGCAGCGAUCCAGCAACAGGUGCACGAGGUCGAGCAAGUUGUGGCGCAUGCUCAGCAGCAGGUAGAACAGGUGGUGGCGCAGGCGCAGCAGCAAGCGGUCCAGGCCGUGCAGCAGGCCCAGCAACAGGUAAUGCAGCAGGUGGUGCAGCACGCCCAAGUGGUCCAGCAGGCGGUGCAGCAGGUCCAGGCGGUGCAACAGGUCCAGGCGGUGCCGGCGGUGCAGCAGGCGGUACAGCAGGCGACCCAGGAGGUGGUGCAGCAGGCGGUCCAGCAGGCCACGCAGGAGGUGGUGCAGCAGGUCCAGGCCGUCCAACAGGCGGUCCAGCAGGCGCAGGCGGCCCAGGCUAUGCAGCAGGCGGUGCAGCAGGAUAUCGGGUCCAUGCUGAACCAACCUGCAGGGUUCGUCGCCGAGGCCAGCUCCGCGUUGGCCAGUGGAGCCGCUCAGGAACCCUGCCAGCAGCGACUGACCAAUGCUGCCGAGCAGGCCAUCAAUUCCGUCAUCACCAACGCCACCCAGGACAUCAUGAACAACCGACCCAUCACCACCACGACCGCGCAUGCCAUCAUCGCGACGAAGAACAUACUUAACAGCGUCGCCACCCAGAGCGCCCAGCUCAUGAACAGCGCCAUGGAGGGCAUUUUGCCGAAGAGUCCCUCCAGUCAGGGGAACAUCGUCGAACAGGUCGCCAAUAAGUCGCCGUCCGUCGCCAUGAACGUCACCAACAAUAGGCAGCCCGGUAAUCCACCGUUGACCACGAACAAUCCAUCUGGCGCGAACGGGUCACCGGUCGUCAGGAAGACAGAAGACUCGGCCGAUAUAUUUCCUCAGGAACUCAGCGACAUGUCGGAGCAGGACCUACUCAGCUACAUUAAUCCUAGCUGCUUCGACCCCCAGGGCGGGUUUCUCAUGUAGUAUCCAGCUGGCAUCGCCUGAAGCGUGAUGGGGAAACUGCUGGAUACGAGGUAGCAGAGGAGACCAGCUUCCUGGGAGACUUCCUGGCCGAUGACGGCGCACCUUUUGGUGGGACGCUUCUCGCGGGUGGUAGCUUUAGGGGAUCACCGAUCAUGUUUGGGGAACCCCUGUCUACGGCUUGUUUGGGGGAAGGACUGAUUGUCCACCUUCUUCGGUGUGGAGGGAAAUGCAAGGAGCAAGCCUUCAUCUAUUAUACGCUAUGUAUUUUAUGAUAUAUGGCCCCUUCGGUGGCACUCUUCGGAGGCCACUCUUGGACCAGGAAAACCGCCAGUGUCUGGUUCAUGAUGUGGGAGUACAGGUCGUCUGUCUCCUUAACUCCUCGAGGGGAAGAUGCAGGAUGUCGCCCGGAUUUUUGGACGCGAGAGAUUUAUCAGGCGUUAUCACGAGGACACGGUUUUUCUUCGCCGCCAUCUUGGUCUUGGCCUCGGUGGGAUUUUCCUCCCAAUUGAAUCCCCCCUCGUAGAAGGUCUUCUAAAAUGCAGACAGUCUCUUAAGGCGAUAUGAAAUUCCUGUCGAAGGACUCUGAGACUUUUCUCCAAAUUUUCUGCAGAUUAAAAAUUUCUUUACGAACCUUUUUUUAAGAAUGGAGGUCUUGGAAAUUCUUACCGACGCCGAGGCUGACGGAGAUGCGACUUGAUAUUUAUGUCGCAGGGUGUUUUAAUACGCUCUGUGUUCGAAAUUACCGGGCGAUUUCUUUCAUCUUUCUCCCUCUUGUUCAUCGAUGAUCAGUGAGAUCUCAAGGCAUGAUCUCGAUUGACUCGGUGCUGCGCGACCCUAAAGGAGCACCACCCUAUAUUUUCGUAAGUCAGGACGGACGCACGCGAGCGCGACAAUUAGAUUUCCUUUUUGUAUAAUGUAUAGAUGUUUCUUCUGUCUUCGUUAGACCGGGACACCGGAGUAAUGUAUCUUCUUCGGUGGCAGGGCAGCAGGGAUGAGUGAAAGAGUGCCUUUCUUCGUGGUAACCCGUGUCGAACUCUGGUUCCUUCCGCUUCUCCUAGAACAGGAAGACUGAGCUCACUAGUUUCAUUAGUGUCUCACGUGUCCUGUUACCGAUGUGUGGACGAAGGCUCGUUUAACCACGUACUGGAAGAUCCGUUGUCACCUGUGUAUCGAGAUUGUCAAGAAGAGUCCAGAAAUCCAAGAAAUUUGGUCACGAGAUCCCUGGAAAGGAUUUCGCAAAACUGUAAUACUUAAAAUCAACAAUUUGGUAACAACCUAACCUCAAAUGGCUUCUGGAAUGUCAUUGAAAUAUUGACUCCGCUGGAUGCUUAAGGAUUUUCAACGUCCCUACGUGGUGUUAAUCUGAAUUAAUUCAUCCCGGAUGAGUGUAAUGAAUUUCUUUUAAUUAGCAAACGUCAAGGCAAUUUAAACUGGGAAUCGAAUGCUUUUAUAAGGCCCUCGUGUUGCGCAGCUUUGAAUUGAUUAAUUGGCUGGCAGAAGGAAUGUAAUCGAUUUUGUACAGAUUUGUAUAAAUAUGAAAGUGGACGAGCGAAGGCUUCGGAUCGUGAAUGGGGGAAGUUAUUACGGUUGAAUGCCAAUUUUUUUUUCAAGUCUUUUUCAAGAUCCAAACGGAAAGGAGCUCCGACAGGUUAGAUGUGUCCUCUUCUUGGCGAUUCGAAGAUGUAUCUUUUGAUCGUAACGAAUGGAUCUUGAUGACUCGCCUUAAUUAAAGGUAAAUGGAUUAAAAUUACUGGAAAAUCCAGAGCCAGAGAGAAUUGAAUCCUGCAGCCAUUUCAUGCUAAUCGUACCUAUAAGGAUAAUGACUAUGAAUUAAUUGUUAAUCGAUCAUACAUAUUCACACUUGUAUACAUAUAUACGCAUACGUACACGACACUUAUACAUACACAUACAUAUGAACACAUUGACUUGAUUGCAUUCAAUGCAAUGAAUCAUGAUUAAUUUGACUCCGUUUCCAAUGGUAUUUUCUGAGCGUAAAUGAUGAAUUGUUUCAUAUAUAUAUAUAUAUAUUAUUUGUUUAAAAAAUUUGUUGUUAAUUAUUAUGCUGAUAACUGAGUGCAGAUUAAUGUGAUUAUAUGUUGAUACUAUCAACGACAGUAGAGAAGUAGAAACGCGACAGAGAGAUUAUAUUAUAUGCGAGACAAAGGGAGAGUAGUAAAUGAAAGUAUAUUAUAUACGUCAAAGCAGAAAUAUAUAAAUCUAUAUAUAUAUAUUUUUUACGUGUACCCAAAGAGAGAAACAGAGAUAGAGAGAAAAUCGUUCAGAUAUAUAUGUAAAAGCGAGCUUAUAUUAUUCAGAGUCCUCCGAAGGACAUGUCCUUGACAACGUUACGAUUACCUGUCGAGGUAAACUACUCUCGUUUAGAUCUACGUCGGUUCUAUAAAAAAUAUUGAAGACAAAACAGCGAGGUCACCGUCGAAGACUGUUUAAACAUCUUUUGAUAUCAGUGGUUUUAUUAAAAACCGAUGAUUUUUUUAUAGGCUCCGCAACAGACCUCCGUAACCUAAAAGGCCGACUAAGAGUACGAAAUUCUCGCCAAGUCUAACUAGUUGAAGACAGAUUUUAUAUGAAAUAUUAAAACAUCUAUUAUUCAGAACUGUACCUUUGUAAUGAAGUACGUAGGCAUACAUAACGUAUAGAUUUUAUAUUUGUCCAUACUCAAAGCACUUAGGUAUUUUGGCUCGAUGUGUAUCGUGGUGCAGACAGGACAGUUGCAAAAAAUAACAAAUAUGAUGGCCAAGAAAUUGUUAGUUAUGUGGUCGAUGCAUUACCGAAGUAAAGACUUGCUAUGCCAUGUAGUGUACGUAUACUCUGUAAUACUUCGUAACAAUCUGUUGUAACAUCCAUAACGCACACGUCAGUGGUAUAUUACAGCCUAUUUGUUGCAGAAAGAGUAAACAUGUAUCAUCGUUAAUCCUAUAAGUUGAAUAAAUGUUUCACAGCAA